AUGUCCUUCCAUACUUUAAAGUAUGGCCUUAAAAAGGCUUACAAAGACAACAUCUCUUCCGAUAACGUUAACUCUACUGGUUUUCUUAAAGAUGUUGCUCAAUCUUUUGGCAAUUUUGGAGAUCGUAUAACAAACAAUAAUCACCGACAUGAUGAAGAGCAUGAGAUUGCUGCUGACGAAGAACGAGAAAAAGAAAAAGCAAAUAAUAGAUUUAAGAGCUUUUCUUCUUCUUCAUUUCGCAAUGAGGUGAAAUGGUUUGUUGGUGGUCAUGAUUAUAUGGCAGCAAUUGCUCAAGCUAUUGAAAGUGCUCAGUACGAAAUUCUUAUCAUGGAUUGGUGGCUUUCACCUGAACUUUUUCUUGUUCGACCACCUGCUUUAAAUGAAAAAUGGAGACUCGACCGGACCCUUGCCCGUGCUGCUGAAAGAGGAGUAGAUGUUAGAAUUCUUUGCUAUAAGGAAGUGGAAUCAGCUUUAACACUUCAAUCGGUUCACACAAAACAUGCAUUGGAAAAACUUCACCCUAACAUAAAAGUAAUGCGUCACCCUGAUCACACUGCUCUCGAAGGUAGAAACGUCACUUUAUUUUGGGCACAUCAUGAAAAAAUGAUGUUAAUUGAUCGUCGUGUGGGUUUUAUGGGUGGCAUUGAUCUUUGUUAUGGACGAUGGGAUUUAAAUUAUCAUCCAAUUGCCGAUUUGCACCCUGGUUUUUCUGAAGCUACUAUUUAUAAUGGACAAGAGUACAACAAUGCCAGAAUUCAUGAUUUUGAUAAUGUUUCCAGCCCAGAAAUUGAUUCAGUUGAUAGAAGGGUAAUCCCUAGAAUGGGAUGGCAAGAUGUCUCUUUCCAAAUAAAUGGUCCCGGCUGUGUAUCAUUAGAACGCCACUUUAUUGAACGUUGGGAGUUUUUACGUGUUUUUAAAUAUCUUAACAGGCCCAAGUAUAUCCCUAUGGAAAUUGGUGUCAUUGAACAUAUCCCUGCAUCUAAAUCGAAACUUGAUGCGGUAAAGAAUCUUGGAGAUAAAAUCGGUUCUUUGAAUCUUUCUGGAAAAAAUGAUAAUUCAAAAGAAAACGACGAAGCUCCAAAACUUGCCCCUUACGAGGACCCUAUUUUGAAUCCAGAUGCACGAAUGGAGUAUAAUAUCAAUGAGGAAGAACCUAGGAAAAUAUAUUUACCUCAUCCUGAAAGCCCGGAUUCAUUUUGUGGGAAUGUUACCACUCAACUAUGUCGAAGCAUCUCAGAUUGGAGUCAUGGCUAUUUAACUGAAAGAUCUAUUCAAAACGCUUAUAUAUCACUUAUAAGAGAUGCCCGAUUUUCUGUCUACAUUGAAAAUCAAUUUUUUAUUGCUGGAGGCUCUUUUUCCACGGCAGAUCGAUUUCACAACGAAAUUGGCGACGCUAUAGUUGAUCGCAUCUUACAAGCUGCUAGAAACAAUGAACCUUUCAAGAUGACAAUUGUCAUACCAGCAAUUCCAGGGUUUGCAGGUGAUAUCAAAAGUGAUGAUGCAGUGGGUAUUCGCGCAAUCAUGAACUUUCAAUAUAAAUCUAUUAACAGGGGUGGUAAUAGCAUUUUGGAGAGAAUUUCUCAAGCUGGCUUUAACCCUGGUGAUUAUAUUCAAUUUUAUCACUUAAGAAGUUUUGAUAGAAUACUUCCUACUGAAUCGUUUUGCGACCUGCAACCCAACACUGUAUCAAAAUAUCAGCAAACAUCAGAGUACAUGAAACAACUUUCCCAAAAUUACUUAAACUAUGAACAGUUGGCUGAGCAAAAAGGUGCUAAAAGUAGCAUUUCAUAUUGCGCUUUUCAAUCAACUCCUAGCGUCAUGGAUGAAGGCUGGGCCUUCCCUGGGGUUAAUGAAGCUGAACAUUUUGUUUCGGAACAGCUUUAUAUUCACUCUAAACUUUUGAUUGUUGAUGAUCGAGUGGUUGUUUGCGGCAGUUCUAAUAUUAAUGAUCGCAGUAUGGCGGGAGAUCAUGAUAGUGAAAUUGCGAUGGUGAUAGAAGAGCCUCAAGAUUUUGAAAUUAAUGUUGGAGGCUCUCCAACUCUUGUGUCUAGAUUUGCAACCAGUUUGAGACGUCAAUUAAUGCGCAAGCAUUUGGGCCUAGUUCAACCCCAGUCCUUAGUGGCUGGUAUAGCCGGUGAAACCUUUACUAGUGAUAUGUCCCCGCUGCCCCAAUGCAACAAUUAUGAUUUUGGCUCUGAAGAAGAUAGUAUCGUUGCAGAUCCAUUAGAUGAGAAUCUUUGGAAUUACACUCUGGAUAUUGCUCGAACUAAUCAGGGUGUUUUUGAGGAUGUUUUUCAUACUUACCCCACAAACAAUGCUCAUAACUGGAACCAGUAUGUUUCCUGGACAUCUGAAGUGACCAGUCCCUGUCAUGUUUCUCAAAAGUAUGCAAACGAUUCAUUUGGAAUUCGUAGCCAAUUGGCCAAGGUUAAGGGACAUAUUGUUCCAAUGGCCCACGAAUUCUUGAUUGAAGAAAGCGUUCUUGUGAAGCCUGGCAUCCAGUACAAUGAUUUUGUAAGCGAUCUUUAUGCUUAG